CAGGAACCCUCGGCACCCACUAGUACCUAUAUAAUGAGCUUACCUUACCUUACCUUACCUUAUUACAUAUGUAGCUAGCUCAUAAGAGGUCCAAUUCACCAAGUUUGUUUACUCUAGAGCUGUUAGCCACAAUUCCAUACAUUCCAUUUCAUUGGUGAGCUAGCUCAGCCAAUUACACUAUUGCAUUGGCAUACAUAUUUCAUUACCAGCGGAGCUGAAGCUCGUCGUGUUACCCUUCCGCCCUUCUUUCAUACGUACGAGUACUUCAUUUAGUGGUCCUAUCGUGGCCAAACCUUCUACAAACACAAGCUACCUGAUAACUACUCGUUUAUUUUCAGAGGACUGCUUGCAUCCCCUAUAGCGUUCUAACGUCUAUCUGGCUGUUUCAGGGAUAUAUCAGCAAGAAGCCAAGAGCUAGUCACGGUAAUUGCCAUGGGUGGCGAAACUACGAAUCUAAAGGUCGUUUCGACCGAUUAUCCCCUCCGGGCACCUACCCCGGUCGGCAAACGGAUAUCCCACAUCUACAAGGAGCGUAUCACACAGUUCUACUCUAAGGGACAAUGGGAGAAGCAGAACCUCCUUGCUAUGAUGUUUGAGGGCGUCGCAUCUGGACCUCCUCAUGUUCAGCUCUCGACAUGGCCCGCCCCAAACCUCUCAAGACCGACAUUCGAGGAGGCCGUGGCUGGUGAGUACAAAUCCGCCUCCGUUGGCCAGGCCUUCGGUCCAUCUUGGUCUACCCACUGGUUCAAGGUUGUGCUCCGUGUUCCCGCCGACCUUCAGGAUAAAGAGCACUUGGAAUUCCAAUGGGAUUCCAACAGCGAGGGCAUGGUAUGGACUGAAGACGGGAAGCCAUUGCAGGGUCUAACCGGCGGAGGAGAACGUGUUGAGUGGAUCCUCCCGGACUCUUUCAGAGAUGGCAAAGAGCACACUAUCUAUAUCGAGAUGGCCUGCAAUAGUAUGUUUGGUAAUCCAACCGGUGGUGAUACCAUUCAGCCGCCAGACCCCAAUAAAUAUUUCCAGCUUGUUAAGGCCGAUAUUUGUGCCGUCAAUCUAGAUGCCCGGCAACUCUGGAUCGACACUUGGAUCAUUGGCGAUGCCGCGCGGGAAUUCCCUGAAGAUUCGUGGGAACAGCACAAAGCCUUGAACGUCGCUACAAGUAUUAUCGAUUCCUACGUCCUCGGCGAUAAAGAGUCGAUCAAGAAAGGCCGUAAGAUUGCUCAAGAAUAUCUUGGGUCUAACGUCGAUUCUUCCAGGGUCUAUGAUAGCGGGCUCAACCCUCAGGUCUUUGGUAUUGGCCAUUGCCAUAUCGAUACUUGUUGGUUGUGGCCCUGGGCCGAGACGAAGAGAAAGGUAGCGAGGUCCUGGUCGAACCAAUGUGGCCUAAUGGAUCGAUACCCGGAGCUGAAUUUUGCUUGUUCCCAAGCACAACAGUAUAAGUGGUUGAAAUCUUUAUACCCUUAUGCUUAUGAUCGGGUCAAGCAAAAGGUUAAGGAACGUCGGUUUCAUCCAAUUGGUGGCAGUUGGGUUGAGCAUGAUACCAACCUGCCGAGCGGCGAGUCUCUUGUCCGUCAAUUUUUAUAUGGUCAGAGGUUUUUCGAGAGCAAUUUCGGAGAGCGUUGUCGGACAUUCUGGCUUCCAGAUACCUUUGGGUAUUCGAGUCAACUUCCUCAAGUAUGCCGGCUAGCUGGUAUGAACCGUUUCCUCACGCAGAAGCUUAGCUGGAAUAAUAUCAACAACUUCCCUCAUACUACGUUCAACUGGGUCGCCCUUGACGGAAGCCAGGUAAUAUGCCACAUGCCGCCAGCAGAGACCUACACCUCAGAAGCCGAAUUUGGGGAUGUUAAGCGCAGUGUCUCCCAGCACAAGUCAAUGGAUCAGGAUAGCACUUCGCUAUUGGUCUUUGGUAAAGGCGAUGGUGGUGGCGGCCCGACCUGGCAGCACAUAGAGAAGCUGCGACGUUGCCGUGGUAUCAGCGAUCAGGUUGGCCGUUUGCCUAGAGUGCACCUAGGAAACUCGGUGGAUGAUUUCUUCGACAAGCUCGAGGAGAAGGGCGACACCUUGGUCACCUGGUACGGUGAGCUAUACUUCGAACUUCACCGUGGUACAUACACAACACAAGCGAACAACAAACGUAACAACCGGAAGUCGGAGUUUAUGUUACGAGAACUUGAAUUAUUAGCCACUAUCGCAUCUCUAAAGUUCAAAUCUUACAAAUAUCCAAAGGCGGAGUUCGACGAAAUGUGGGAAGCAACGCUCCUUUGUCAGUUCCAUGAUUGUCUUCCGGGAAGUUCCAUUGAGAUGUGCUAUGAUGACUCAGAUGAGUUAUAUGCUAGAGUGUUCGAGCUAGGCAAGGCUAUAUAUAAAGACAUCUACCAACUCUUCGGUGUUACGGAGGCAGGACCCACUGGGUCUGGUGGUAGAACUGUCGCCCUCAGUACUCUCCCCUGGCACAGAAAGGAAGUCGUUGAGCUUUCCAAGACUGAAGUCGGUGUCGCUUGUGGUUCUGAGAACCUCAUCAACAUCAAGCCGUUCAAAGCAGGAGCAACCAAAGCCGUUACCGUUAAAGAAGUCAGGGAUGGUAUCUUCGUCCUACAGAAUGAUCAACUGACAGUACAAGUCGAGGAUGGUACAAUAACCUCACUAUUCGAUCGCAAAGCAGGGCGCGAAAUCGUCUCAAAGGGGGAAAAUGCCAACCAACUUGUCAUCUUCGACGACAAACCACUUUAUUGGCAAGCAUGGGACGUCGAGGUAUACCAUCUCGAUACUCGCAAAGUGGUGCCCUAUGGCAAGACUAGAAUCUUUGAAGACAAGGAACAUCGGGUCAGCGUCUUGACGGAAGCAAGGAUUAGUGAAAACAGCUCCAUCCAGACGAUCCUAAGCCUGUCUGCCGCCCUUGAUGGCCAGCAGUCGUUUGUUGAAUGCACUGCUCAUGUGGACUGGCACGAGACCAUGAAGUUCCUAAAGGUUGAAUUCCCUGUGGAUAUUAGAAAUACCGAGGCCUCUUACGAGACUCAGUACGGUAUUGUUAAGCGACCCACUCAUUACAAUACUACCUGGGACAUGGCGAAAUUCGAGGUGUGUUGCCACAAGUUUGCCGACUUAUCGGAGCAUGGUUACGGUGUCUCGAUCCUCAACGACAGCAAAUACGGCUUCGCUACCUGCGGAAGCCUGAUGCGCCUAUCUCUCUUGCGGUCUCCGAAGGCGCCUGAUGCGCACGCAGAUAUGGGAAAGCACACAAUCCGCUGGGCCAUCUUACCCCAUCAGGGUGAAUUAGGUGCGACAACCGUCCGCACCGGAUAUAACUUCAACCUCCCGAUAAAGGUCCUCUCAGCACCUAAGACGUCCGACAUCUCUGCGCUUACGGAAUACCCCGUUAAGCUAACGGGCGAUGACUCCCUGAUCUUGGACUGCGUAAAGCGUGGAGAGGAUGACGAAGAUGUAUCUCACGACACUUCGCUUCCACGCCGUAAGGGACAAAGCGUUAUCAUUCGAGUCUACGACAGUCUUGGUGGCCGCAGCACAGCGACGGUUAAGACGACUUGGGAUGUUAAAAAGGUGUUCAAGACGAAUAUCUUGGAGGAUGACGGGGAAGAGAUUGAAUUGAAUAAGGAUGGCGCCUUCUCGAUUACCGUUAACCCCUUCGAAGUUGCGACGUACAGGCUGCAGUUGUAAUCAUAUUGCUAAAUAUGCUAGUUUUGUCUUGUCUGUCUAUUCGGCUACGUGGGUUUCAAGUAUGAUAAAAAGAGGCUUACGAAGUGCAAAGGAGUAGCGGGUUUCCUAUACGAGUUUCAUCAAAUUGACUGACCUGUUUGUGAUGCUUAAAUUAGGUACUUUCCGAAGUGACCUAGGUUAAUUAUAUACUAAAAUAAUAAACUUGUCUCUUGACUCUUAA